AAUUUCCAGCACGCCAAGCUCUUUCCUAAUCUUCUUUGCUCGUCUUCCAAUACGCACCUAUGAGCCCCCUCAUCCUUCGGCGCUUACGGGACAAAUUUUGGCCCGAGCCUCUGCCCCCUGACAAGUCAUUCGAAGGCAAGACAGUUCUCGUCACCGGCGCCACUAGCGGUCUUGGUCUAGCUGCAGCGCUGCAUUUCGCAACACUCGGUGCAAAUGUCAUCGUCACAUCAAAGAGUUUGACGCGCGGUAAUGCUGCUAGAGACGCUGUGGAAAAGCGCGCAAACAUUGUCGGCCAAGGCAAAAUACACGUCCUGGAACUCGAUAUGAACCGAUACUCUUCGUGCCUGGCCUUGGUCGAUCAUUUGAAAGCGUCCCCGGCAACGCGCGGUGGACUCGAUGUUGCUGUCUUGAACGCCGGUAUUAUCAAUGCAGAAUAUGUACAAAGUCCGGAAGGAUGGGAACAAACGAUCCAGGUCAACACUCUGAGCACGACGCUCCUGGGGCUGCUUCUGCUGCGGUGGAUGAAAGAGCAUCGCCCUGAUGCGUCCAGAAAACCCCAUCUGGUCUUUGUAACCUCCCGUGAUCAUAUCGAUCCCGACAUCCAUGAUUGGCCCCGAUGGGCCGCUGACGACGGUAUAUUGCGACAUUGCAGUGACCAAAAAAACUGGCCCUCCCACCAAAUAGAGCCAAACUAUGCCAUUAGCAAGCUACUGGUGACAUAUGCCGUCGAAGAAAUUUGCAACAUGGCAAUGGGAGCAGAUGGUAGCAUGGACGUUAUUGUCAACCCUGUCUGCCCAGGACUCGUUUUUACCAGCAUUGGACGUGCUAUCGCGGAAAGGUCUAUAUUCAUGCGAUUCGCAGUGCCCAUCUAUUGCUCGAUUCUAGGCAAGUCAGCGGACUAUGGUGCAAGAUUCUAUGUUACAGCGGCAUGCACGUCAACAACUGAUCAUGGUAAAUACAUCCAAUCCCUUUUUGGGGAAGACGAAUACCGCAUCGCUGCAUUCUCCAACUUGAAGAGCGGCAAUGCACUCAAGGUGAAAGCAUUGGUCUGGAACGAGAUUAUCACUGAAUUGAAGAGGGCGGUUCCGACUUUGUAACAGCUCGGAGACUACAAAGUCUCUCUGCAAUGCACAGCGCGUUACUCUGGCACAUGUACCAGACACGAGAAAACAAUUGCUUCCCGGAUUCAGAUCUGAACGUUGACAUCCGGAUUCGCGAUCACUAAAGAUAGGACGCGAAGGCGCGCUUUUCUUAUGCUCGGGGGAAGAGGGAGCAAGCACCCUACCCGCAGGGACUCUUUUAGUUAGUCCAUCCAUUUCAAUGGCAAUCUCAAGUCUGCUCUCACAACAAUGGCGGAUUGGACCUGAGUCCGUGUAGAUGUAGUCAUAUUAGUGGUAGCUGGACAAUAAUUUUAUCGACACUGCUUCUCUUCAGAGCGUGG